CAAAGUAUCCUAUCAAGAUAGACGCAGGCAGGAGCUGAGAAUGAGUCUGGGCGGAGAAAGUUACCGCUUGGAAGCUGAUUCUCACAUGUUGUGCUAGUGCUCGCAGCGUUUAGGAUAAACGAAGCGUAGAAAAUGUUUGUACCAGUGUAACAAGCUUAAUCUUUUGAGCAGAACGACUAAAGUUAAAUGUUAACGGAAGUUCACUCGACGCGUCCCAGGAAUACUUGUGAAGGGAACGAAGAUUUCUUCGUUAAGAAGGUAAAAGCCAGUCACACUGUAAGAGGAGGAGUCUACCAACCCCAAACCUGGGGAGCCACGCGGGGCCCCAGGGUGCUGGAAUGGAGCAAUUUGCAGGGUCACUGGAAAGGAAGCUGCAGAGACCACUACUGGCUAAGUCCCGCACCCUCCCUAGCAUCCCCCAGUCUCCGACGGUUUCCAGGGUGCACCACUCCGAUCUCAUCGGUGGGAGUCCCCCUCGCAGGAAGAACCCUCCCACUGCAACCAGCCACCCAAAGGCCUGCACCCUGCCACCCGCAGGAGAACUGUGGCGUUUGGAGGAUGACAUGGAGGGCGAAGAUGAGCACGGCGGGUGCACUGAAGGCCCGCCCCCGCUCCCAGUCGCCCUUUUCCCACUUCCGGGCUCGAGCAGCCUACCUCCGCAAGAGCGUCUCAGCAGAUGACCACCUGGACAUGGGCCUGGACUACGGCUCGGGGACGGCGGUUGAGGGCAAACCAACCCGUGGCAGUAAGGGCAAGCUGAAGAGAAAGUUUAGUCUGGGCUCUGCUGACCGGAAGGAGAAUCAGCAUAAGAAGUUAGAGUCAGGGAUCUCCAAAUUUACCCACCGUCUGUCCCUCAAAGAGCGUCCAGCCAAAACAGAGAAGACUUCAACAGAUAGACCUUCAUCCUACCGGCGACGAUCUCUUAGUGUGGACUGGGCUGACUCUGCCAAGAUGACGCAGCCCAUGAGGGGGGACCAGGCCCACCAGCCGGCCCCAGCCCGCAAGUCAGCCAGCCUGUCCUCACCGAGCGCGGCUCGCCGCCUAUACCGCAACUUGUCUGGAAAGUUCCGUGUGGGCACCAACCCCCCUGCCCUGGAGGACAGCGUGGUGUCAGGACGGGGAGGAGACAAGGAGAGGCUGCGAAAAACCACCAUAUUCCAGAGUAGUGAAGCUUUGUUUGAGGCAGUGGAGCACCAGGAGUUGGACUUGGUACAGCUGCUUCUCUCCCAGUACAGUCUGGAGGAGUUGGACCUCAAUACCCCAAACAGCGAGGGCCUCCUGCCCCUCGACAUCGCCAUCAUGACUAACAACGUGCCCAUGGCCAAGCUGCUACUGCGAGCCGGUGCCAAGGAGAGUCCCCACUUUGUGAGUCUGGAGGGCCGAGCAGUGCAUUUGGCCACCUUGGUGCAGGAGGCUGAACAACGGGUGUCGGAGCUCCAGGCCCAGGUGCGGAGCGAGGGUCCCUGUGAGCGGGAAGGGUCGGACCGGGAGAGGCAGCUAAAAGCCUGGGAGUGGAGGCUCCGGCUCUUCCGACGCAUGCAGACGGGGUUUGAGCAUGCAAACCCUCCAGACGCUCCCAGUGUAGUUCGCCUGUCUGUCAGCAGCAGCACCAGUCUAAGGGUGGACUUCCAGGAACCUCUCUGUGUCAAUUCUGCUGUGGUUACUAAGUACAAAGUGAGCUGGAGCAGUACUCCAUCCUUCAGUCCUUUGCUAGGAGAGAUGGUGGUGGAGGACACCACUCUGCUACAGUGCGACAUCACUGGACUCACCAGGGGACCUUAUUACUAUGUCCAGGUGUCAGCCUACAACAUGAAGGGCUGGGGGCCUCCACUGAUUUCCACCCCUGCCUGUGCUGUGCCUUCCAGUUGGAGAGACAUCGAUGGCCGUGCUCCGCGGCAGAGAGGCCAGAAGGAGGCACUGGACCAACUACUCGGACAGAUAAAAGAAGCUCACCGCCACUGUGUCUGCCAUGAACAGUGUAAAGCUCCACCACAAGGCAGGAAGCACUCAGUAUCCAAAAGCUUGCGCCACCUCUUCCAACCCACCAGCAAAUUUGUUAAAAGCUUGAAAAGAGGUCUCUAUCUGACAUCCAUAUUCUACAGAGACGACAACGUGUUGGUGACUCCAGAGGAUCAGAUUCCUAUUGUGGAGGUUGAAGAUUCCUAUUCCAGUUCACUCAUGCAGGACUUCCUCUGGUUUACCAAGGUAUCUUAUCUGUGGGAGGAGAUUCCCUGGCUGCAGCAGUGUCUCAGUCCCUCCCAGUCAUCCUGUUCCUGUACUCUGCAGACACGCCUCAAGAUGCUGCAGGCUGUGUCCCAUCUACAGGGAAUGCUGGGAACCCAGGACCUUGGUCAGGUUUAUCUUGAGCCAAUUAAAGACAAGCAUGGUAACGCCCUGCUGGUGCUCCUAAAGGAUAUGAAUGCCUGUCCCAACCUGGAUGGGGUACGCUGGACGCAGCUUUGUAAACUCCAGCUCCAACGCAAGUCCAUCUCAUCCCCCGAAGAGCCCACCGCCUUGGACAUGCUCCUCAUCACACUCCAUGAGAAGCUGGCGUAUCACAGGCGGAGCAGGAAGCUGUUGUCUCCAGGCUUGUACCUGGGCUACCUGAAGCUGUGUACAUCAGUGGAGCAGAUUAGAGCACUGGUGCCUCAGAAACUCCCCAACGUCCUCUGUCACACAAAGAUUCGAGACAACAGUAACGUGUCCAGAGAGGAGUGGCAGUGGCUGCAGGCCCUCAGCUCUCUUGAUGAGUCGUUGGAAAUGGACCACGACAUACAGAGCGCUCCACAUCGCCUCCUACAGGACCUACGCGGCGCCAUCAAGGACCUAAUGGCCCACAUCAAUGUCCCCGGCAAUCAGGCACAGGACUUCCGUAUCUACAGUCAGGAAGUUUUGGAGUUUGGGGAGAAAGUGUCGUUCCUGCUCCUCCUGCCACCUUCAGAUGAAGUGUGCACAGCCCCUGGUCAGAACAACCCAUACUCCCCCCGCUCUGGCUUCCUCACCCUGCCCCUGCAGAUCUUUGAACUGGUCCACUUUAAUGCCUACUGCCCCAGUUUCAUUGGCCAGUACUGCAGAGUGUCAGCUUUGCUGGAGCUGGAGUCCCUCAUGUCCCAGCAGGCACUGAGGGAAGCCUUCUCUGAGGCCGAGCUCCUCACAGCUAAGAAGAAACACCAGCAGGUUCAAGAGCACAUGCAGCAAAUGGAAGAGGUGUGGCGGGAUGCAAGGUGGAUUAUGGACGCCUUGCAGUAUGCCCGCUACAAGCAGCCCACAGGAGGCAUCUCUGUAAGCUGGAUAAUUGACUUCUCCAAGGAAGUGAUGCCUGACAAGCCCCCCUCCACCUCCUCUCAGCCUGACUUCAUGCCCUCCCCCUUGCCUUCACCUGAACCCUGCCACAAGCACUCAGAUUUUGCUGGACUGUCAGAUGAGGAGGGCUCCUCUGAGGUCUUCCUCACCACCGACAGUGACUAUGACUCCAGUCGUGCCCAGAGCCCCCGUGAGCUGGACCUGCUGCCCCCCUCGCCUCUCUCAUCCUCCGCGCCCCUGGAGCCUCGUGGCUUCCUGCGCAGCGAUGGGAGUGGCUCGGGAGGAGGGAUGUGUCUCAGCAGUGGAGGCGGACGUGGAGGGGGAGCGCUGAGGGAUUCCACGCCAGACGUCCUCCAGGCCUCAGAGCCGCAGCACGGGAGGGAAGCUGAACGCUGUGGGGUAGGAGGAGGAGUCCGGUGUGGAGGAGAAAGACGGAGGGGGGCCCCGGAGCUGUUUGACAGUGACUUUAUCCUGCCCAGCAGGCAGAUCGAGCUGUUGCACAUCACAGAGAAGAGACAGGCCUUCUGUGUGAGAACCAGCAGCCUGGAGUUUCCCUCCACCACCUCAGCCCACCACCAGCCUUACUCCUACCGCACCACUUGCCCCUCACCCUCCACCUCACCACAGCGAAGGUGGCACAGGCCCUCGUCAGUAGACCGCUGUUGCUCUGCCGAGCGCUGCUUACCACAGCUCCCACCAGCGCGUACGUUAUCAGAGGACAGCGGCACCCAGAGACUCUCCUCACCAUCACCUGCUGCCCUCAGGAAAGGCUGUCACGCCACACUCAGAGUGUACCCACAGUAUCGCACAGGCCUGCCGAAGGAGACCAGUGUUAAGCUUUGCGUAACUCCAGGUACAUCAGCGCAGGAGAUGGUCCAACUGGUGGUGCAGGAGAUGAACGUUGUGUCUCGGCGAUUGCUCGGCAGCAGUGGAGGGAGCGGGGAACAGGAGCGGUGCGUGUACUACGGUCCCGAACAGUUGAAGCACUUCGGCCUCGUGCUGGUUGUGGACAACAGAGAAAAGUGGCUCCAGGAUGACUUCUGUCCCCUGGAACUCCAGAACCCCUGGCUGAGGGGAAAACUGUGCGUUCGGAUUAAGGAGUACUCGCCACUAGCACUCAAACACAGCCUGGCCACCACGGUGUGAUGCUUCCAGGAGAGAGAGAGAGAGAAAGAGACAGAGAGAGAAAUGUUUAAGAUGCCAUGUGCAUAUUGAAAUUAGGGAACUGUUACAUUUGUACAAACUGUCCACAGACUCCUAAAUUUUACACUAUUUUCACUCUCGAUGUGGUGUUACCGUCCACAACUGCAGCUAUAACAUGUCAUAUUUUUGCUGUGUUCUUGAUAUCUGAAAUGCUACUCUGAGAAUCUGUUUCCAUGAAAUGUGUUCUCCCGUACAUGACCUUUUUUAUUAACAUCAGAGACCCUCAUAUGGACACCAAAUGAACAAUAACAAAACGGAACAAAGAGAAAAUAGUUUUUUGUGCUGUCAGAAAUCAUCGGGAUAAAGAUUGUGAUGCUGAGCAGCGAGAUUAAUGGAGCGUUGCUCUGACUUCUGGCAUGAUUGACGCGUUGCCAAAUUGACGCGGGUAGCCAUCUUCGUUCCCCCCCAGCCACACACGGACACGUCUUUUCCUAUGAACUCUCUCAUUGUGUCAUUCCCAAAGAGCUGUCGGCUGCAGCCGCCCGGCCCCAUGUUCCCAGGAUGUGGGCUCUGGACCCAGCCCAGAGGGCAGGAAGGAAGGGAGAAGUACAGAGGGGGGCUGGCGUCUCCGCUUGGGGACGCAAUCGGCCUGACGAUUUGGCCCGUCAGCCUGUCACUCAACUGCACUUGGCCACUGUACUGUCUGGUAGUGAAGGAGCCAAGCAAGGGAGAGAGAGCUUAACAGAAAGUAAAAGAGAAAGAGAGAGAGAGAGAGAGAGAGAGAGAGAGAGAGAGAGGGCAAGGAGGAGGGUGGAGGCUGCAUCUUUUAGACCCUGGCACUGGCUCUCUGGUGCUCUUUUUCUCCCUUUUGCAGCAGCAAAUCCUCUGUAUAGUAGACUCAGUCAUAGUGUAGCUAACUAAUAUCAUCAUCUCUUCAUGUGAAGUAACAUAAAAUAAAAACCAGCGAAUUUGGAUUUUUAAAACAGAAAAAAAAACAAGCAAUACUUGACUCUUUCUGUUUGUCUGAUUGAUGGAAAAAAGCAUGUAUACCUUCCAGAAUUGUGCUGAGUACAUCUGAAGUACUGUAGUCAUGCUGUGCUAAAAGUUAACCAGUUUAGUGUUUUGUUGUGUUUUGGUUCAGUGGUAUUCCCAGAUGCACCAGAAAGUGGUGCCCAUCAGUCUAGAGCAGGGUUUCCCAAAGGGAUUCUAGUGUGAAAGGGAUGACUCAAGUUGUUAAGAGGCCAGGCAUUUGUAAGCAAAGCCACACACUAUAUAUUUUCAAAACUAUGUCGAAAUAAGUUAUAUAUGACAGGAUUUAACCGUAAGAGAAUGUUUAAACCCCAGUGAAACGUGGCAGACAAACCACUACGACCUGUGAGGUGGGGAUCAUGUGACCAAUGGAGACGGCUGUGAGUGGACUAGUUUUUGCUAGCCCUGCUAGCUUGUUUACCUGUGCUGUAGAAGACAGAGUCCUGGGAAAAUAAGUAAAACUCUUACUUGGCUAUCCCAGUCUUAGGUGUGACCCUCACUUUGCACAAAGUAGCAGUCUGUAGAGUUUCAUGUAACACUUUCUGUGUCCAAUAUGUUUAUAACCUAAUUACCACUGGUGCAGAUACUCUACUUUUCAUAUGAACCACAUUAAUUCUAAUCAAACAAUAAAUCAGGCCUCUUAACAAUAUGAACUAUCCUUUUUAGCUAAUUUUUUUGGGAAUUGUGUCAAGUUUUGGUUUUUCUUUUCACACCACAGUAUAGUCUGUGAAACCUGUUUGAACCAGUGCAGUCUGAACAUAGUUUAUACAUCUCAUGCUAACAGAAAUAUAUUUAUUUUUUUCUAUCAGCUGUUUUGCAGCAUAUGAUUAAUACUUCUUCCUGCUCUAAAAAGUCAACAAGGCUCAGCAACAUCAUACCAUUAUAAUAACCUGCAGCAUUUCCAAAUGUAGCACUAGAAAGGUCCUUAAGUGGAGAGUCUGAUGAGUGGAGUCAGUGGGCCUGGCCUCACUUACUGUAGCAUUCCAGGUGGGGGUUAAACUGGUGUCUCUCAAAGUGUUUACAGAGUUUAGUUUCCUUACACCUUCAAAGAUGUGUUUACGUGUAACUACUGUAUAAAGAUGUCUUAAGACAAACUGAUGUUAUAAGUUGUAAUUGGUUUUACUGAUGACUUGAACUUGUGUUAGAGCUUAGAUGUCUUCUUUAUUCACAUCGUUAAAAGCUGUUUUUACGAGGGCCAACUGCAAAAACAAAAUCACACAACCAGAAACCGAAGCGUGUACAUAGACAAACAAGAACAGGGGAUGAAUGUACUGUAUCUGCCCAAAAUGUGAAAGUGAGUGAAUGUGGGGCUGCCAUCACUAUAAAGGUCAGUGGAGUUAUAGGCAGGACUCUGGCUGUAGAUUGUGCAGAAAGGGAAGAAGGGGGUUUAAAUUCCCUUUCUAGUCAGAAAAAAAUUAAAGCCCCAUGUUUACAAGGAGCUGUUGGCAGAUCCAUCAGGCCAAGUCAUGAAGGAGACAUCACGUCACUUUUUUAAAAUCUAUUUUUAUUG